AUGAUUCAGUGGGAUGGAAUCAGUUGCUGUUUGAGUGCAGCUGCUCUAUACCUGCUUGGGAGAAGCAUUGCCAGGUAUUUUGUUCUUCUCAUGCUUACUGGAAAUAGUGAAACUAUGCUUAUGGAAGUUGCAACACAACUGUUGGAUACUGAAAGUUUGCCCUUGGUCAUCGCAAUUUCUGAAAGAGUUGGCUCUGAAAGCCCAAUUAACUGUGAGUUAAGUGGUUUAAGGGGUGUAAUAGUUGAAGAAAUGGCACAACAACGUUAUUUUAAAAACAAUAAUGGUUCCUGGAUACAAGAUUCUGCCACAAUGCUAUCCACGAGUAAAGAAGUUCCUUGGUAUCUGGAAGAUGCAACUGGUCGUGUGCAUGUGGUUGGAGCUCAGGGUGCCAAGGAUUUUAUAUUACCUGUUGGAAGUGAGGCAUUUCAAGGGUCAGAUCAAUCUCUUGUACGAACCUUGGAUUAUUUCCAUGGUAUCAAGAUGCUUGGUGUCAAGAGAAUUGAAAGGGUACUUCCAAUAGGCAACUCCUUGACUGUUGUUGGAGAGGCUACUAAAGAUGAGACUGGGACCAUUAGAAUUCAGCGACCCUACAAUGGGCCAUUUUAUGUCUCUCGACAAACAAUUGAUCAGAUUAUUACAAAUCUUGGGAGAUGGGCAAGGUGGUAUAAGUGGGCGUCUAUGGGUUUUACAAUAUUUGGUGCUUAUGUAAUGGCUAAGCAUGUUAUUCAGCACAUCUUGGAAAGAUGGCGCUUAAAAAGGGUUCUUGCUGCAGCUGCUAAGAGGUCAAGACAAGAUAAUGAAGGUGAUAAGGAUGACACCUUACCAGAUGGUGGUAAAAGAAUGCCAGAUUUGUGUGUAAUAUGCCUAGAGCAGGAAUAUAAUACUGUUUUUGUCCCGUGUGGGCAUAUGUGCUGCUGUACAACUUGUUCUUCACACUUAACUGUUUGCCCUUUUUGCCUGCGACUGAUAGAGCUGGUAGUGAAAACUUAUCGUCGUUGAGCACACAAUGAGGCUCAACUAGAUAAAGCCACAUGGAGUUAUGGAUGUGCCUUAAGAAUCCCAGAGUAACAGUUUGGUCAAUGGCAAUUAUGUGAUUCCCACAUCAGUUGAUUUCGUUGUCUUUGCCUAUUAGCAAUUCUCAAACCUACAUCUCUGAAAGAAAUAUCAAGAAUAUGAUUAUUGUGUGUAUAAUGUUACUAUUGAUUGUCAAAUACUCAAAUUGUAAAUAUAUA